AUGGAUUUAAAGGACAAGAAUCUGUCGCUUCAAUUUUAUAAUUACUUAUGUAACAUCGUCGGUUCUGAGGAAGUUGUAAGGACAAGAAGAGAAAUCUUUACUGAGAUGGACAUUGUUAAAAAAACUAAUGGUAUGACCUUCAUAAGUAGUGGCAGUAAAGCAGAAGGUUUAGAUCUCAAAGGUAGUGAUUACGAUCAGAUGAUGCAGUUAACUGCUAUUCGUGUGUGUGAAAGCUUAAAUAAUGUUCAGUAUGAUCCAGAAAAAGUACUAAUCGUUAUGGAAACAAACGACACAAAACCGGGAUUUACAAAAUUGAAGUUAGUUAACAAAUUAUUCCUUAGUUUUGAAAUACUACACGACUGGUGUGAGACUGUUGAAGAAGAAACGUACAUCUCAAGCAAACGUUUUCUGGAACAAUACUUAACUGGUGGGAUGAUUAUUCAUGGUCCAUGUUUGUCUACAGCUGAUGGUGAAUACGAUAGUGCACCAUGUUUCAGAUGUAAUGAGUGGAUCACAUCAGCUCAACAAUGGAUUCACAGAUCCCGUACAGCAUGGCCACAUGACAUACUAGUUAGUUCCGCGGUAGAAUACGGAGUUUUAUUUGUUCCUAUUGGAUGUAAAAACUCUCCAAAUGCGGACUUACAAUGGCGGAUAUCGUUUUCUGUGACCGAAAAACUGUUAAUUCAUUCCUUUUCCCAUACUCAGUUAUUAUGUUAUGCGUUAAUGAAAAUUAUUUUAAAGGAACUUAUCAAACCGAAACAUGGCGAUCUUCUUUGUUCCUAUUUCCUUAAAACCAUAAUGUUCUGGUUGAGUGAGGAGAUAAAUCCAUCAGAAUGGAAACCUGAGAAUAUGAUGUCUUGUUUCUACAAUUGUAUCAAAAGACUGAUUUACUGUGUUGAAUAUAAAUUAUGUCUUCAUUACUUUAUCACAGAAAACAAUCUGUUUGAAGACAGAUUUACUGACAAAGAACAUAAGGCAUUACUGCACACAUUACGGUUUAUUUAUGAAUCACCGUGGAUUUCUGUUUUUGAAACUUCUACUUUUCAGAACUAUAGAUUAGAAUCAGUAAAUUCGCAUGGAAUGGUACUAUCAGCGUCGGAUUUGCCGUGUUAUAUGUACAUGAACAUUCUGAUUGUAUCGAUUAUUUCACAGCCCAUUUACAGUGCAAUUAAACGUAUUGUAAACGUUUGUUUAAAUGACGAAUUAUGUGCAUACAUGCUAUCUUUAUAUGCCACGGAAGUUUUACAAUCAUCUCAUCUUAACAUGAUGACUACAAAUAAAUAUUCUUACCAUCAAUACAAAAGAACAUUGUGCUUCUUCAAGAUAAGUUUAUGCUCAGAUUCAAUUUCCUCGUGGUUUUUGCUAGCCUCUUUUUUUUAUAAAUGUAAUAGAUUUCAGGAAUGUCUUGUUAUGAUACACUACUGUUUAUCCAGAUGUAACCAGAAUAUGAUCCAUCUUAAUUUUAUACAUAGCUUGGUUGAACAGACUGUAUUCAAGGAAAUGAAACUCAGAUAUGGAUUAUUGAUUGCUAUUAAACAUUUGAUAAUCGACAAAGUAUUUUUCCGACAUCCGUUUUGCUUAUUACCAGAUGAACUGAUACCUUUUAUAGUCGACAAAAUGCUUUGGAUCCAUCCAGUUAUGUAUAUGAAUCUUCUAGAAUGUCUUUGCUACCAUCAUCUUGGCGAUUGCAGAGGAAAAUAGAACGAUCUGCAUGAUCUUGAACUAACAAUCAGGUAACGAUACCUUAUACUGGACAAUGUUUCAAUUUCAAGAAUAGUACGUCCAUGUCUCGAUAUAGUAAAAACAUUACUUAGUAUUAUUGACAGCAACUUAGAAUGUAUUUGAAAACCAGACAGCUCUGGGAGGCGCUAUUGUCAAAUGCCCAUAUUCUGCUUUUAACGAAACAUUGUAAAAAUAAUGAUUAUUUUUUUGUUGUUGUAUUAUGUAGGACUGUAAAUGAUAAUAUAUCUGAAUAUUACCUGAUCUUUUUUGGUGUUAAAACAAAUGGUAUAUCCAUAUAUUAUAAUGAAGAACAAUUCAGAUUUUGACUUCAGAUUUAUUUGAUUUUAUGCUAAAGAGGUUUGCAUCGAACGAU